UCUUUUUCUUGUUUUUUUUCUUGGCAAAAUAAAUCAUAAUGGCAUACAAUCAAGGAUAUGGCGGUGGAUAUAAUCCCCAAGGAUAUCAACAACAACAACAAGGUUAUGGUGCACCACCACCUCAACAAAGUCCAUACACUAGUUACAGACCUCAAGCUGGAGGUGGUUAUCCCCCACCUCAACAAGGAAGUUACCCACCACCCCAACAAGGCUAUGGUGGACAAAGACCUUAUGGGCGUAAGUAUAACAGUCUUACGUGUUUUAUAUAUUUAUCAUCCAAUAGCCCCACCAGGAAGUGAUCCCCAAUUAUGGAAUUGGUUCACAGCAGUUGAUACUGAUCAUUCGGGUCAGCUGUCUGUAGAUGAACUUCAACGUGCUUUAGUCAAUGGUGACUGGAGUCCAUUCAACAUUGAAACUGUUCGUACUAUGGUUAACAUGUUUGAUAAAGAUAACAGUGGUACUAUCGAUUUCAAUGAAUUCGCUGGAUUAUGGAAAUACAUUGAGGACUGGAAAAGAUGUUUCCAAACAUUUGAUGCUGAUAACUCGGGCAAUAUUGAUGUUGUUGAGAUGAGAAACGCAUUAAAGACAUUUGGUUAUAACUUGUCGGACCAGUUCAUUCGUGUUUUAGUGCAAAAAUUCGAUAAAUAUGGUCAUGCUGCAGGCAAAGGAAACAUUACUUUUGACAACUUUGUUCAAGCAUGUGUUACUGUAAAGACACUCACAGACUCCUUCAGACAAUUUGAUACAGACAAUGAUGGCUGGAUCCAAAUCAACUAUGAACAGUUCUUGGAAUUGGUCAUUCGCCAACGAACCUAAUGCAUAAGAGAAAGAAAAAAAUAAAAUAAAAUGUAUAUAAAUAAAUUUCGGCUGUGUAAGUUGUGCUACAAUGCUCAAAAAAA